AUGGACUCCAGUGAAAGCAGCGAAUACAGCCUGAGCUCCAGCAGUGAGGAGGAAGAUUCAGGCUCUGCACUGGAUUUGCUAGUCCCUCAGAUCCUGCGACGUGUAUUCAUAGGUGACAAGACAGCUACAUUGGUGGAGUUCCUGCUCCUCAAGUAUCAAAAGAAAGAGCUGGUGACCGAGGCAGAAAUGUUGCACCUCAUGGACCACAGUGACCAUGAGCACUUCCCUCUUAUCCUCAAGGAAGUCUGUGAGUGCAUGUGUUUUGGCUUUGGCAUCCAUGUUAGUAAGGCCAAUUCCCCUGGCCACACCUAUGAAUUUGUCCCUCUCUUGGGCCUCACUUAUGAAGGCAUAGAUGGUAGUGACCAGAUUAUUCCCAAAAUUGACCUCCUGAUAGUGAUCUUGACAGUCAUCUUUAUAAGGGGCAGCUUUGCUAGUGAGGAGGAUGUAUGGGAGGUGAUCAGAAAGAGGCAGAUGUUACCAAAGAGAAACUUUCCUCUUGAGGACAGGUGGAAAUUCAUCACUGAGGACUUGGUACAGGCAGGAUACCUAGAGUGUCGGCAGGUGCCCGGUAGUUACCCUGCUUACCAUCAGUUCCUGUGGGGCCCUAGGGCUCAAGCUGAAACCACCACGAUGAGAAUCCUGGAGCAUUUGUCCAAGGUGAAUAAGAUCGAUCCCAGGACAUACCCACGACUAUAUGAUCAGGCUCUGAUAGAGGAGAUAGAUUCUUCCACGAACGACUUAGAGGCCAUUGAGGAGGAAAUGUGA